AUUGCAUCCAAUGUACAGCAAAAGGAGAUUGGAAAGUACAUCAAGAUCUUAGGAGAAGCUUUACAGCUAAGCCAACCAAUCAACAGCAACUCUAUAUCAGUUCAUAUGCCAAGGUUCUGCACUCUCCUUCAACUUAACAAGUCUGCUCAGGAGCUGGCAACGCAUAUUGGAGAAGUGGUGAUCAACAAAUGCUUCUGCACGCGUAGAAACCCCAUCAGCAUUAUCUAUCUAGCUUGCCAGCUUGAAGACAAACGGAAGACGCAAGCGGAGAUUUGUAAAAUAACGGGACUAACUCUACGCAAAGUCUACAAAGAACUCUUAGAGAAUUGGGACGAUCUUCUCCCGUCUAACUACACACCAGCCGUCCCACCGGAGAAAGCAUUCUCCACAACACGUUCGACAACUCCUAGAGCCGUGGAUCCAUCGCCUGAACCGAGUUUCAUGGACAGAGACAAGCCAUCGGUUAAACCCAUUGAAAGUUUAGAUAAUGCACACCAGCAACAGUCCAAAGGCAAAGAAGAUCAGUAUUAGAUUAGUCUUCAGUGUGAAUGUCUCUUCAGUCUUUAGUUUUCAACCAUUACUGAAAGCAGCUACUCUUGUCUUUACACGUAAUGCAUCUUGGU